UUGCGUUGCAUACUCCAGACCAAACAAUUCAAGGACAACACAAUCCGUAAUAAAUUUUCUACAAUGGAGUAUAAAGUAAGCGAAAAAUGCCAAAUGCCAAUUUAUGUGCGCUUAGCCGAACAAUUAUGUCCACGCGCAUGUGCGACAUGCUGCAAAACAAGAAGGUUCAACUGCAGAAAUGUAAAAAUUUCAGUGGGCCAAUGCAAAAAUUUUACACAAGAAAUGUGCAGAACGCCUUCUCUUAGCAAAAUUGCAUUAGAAUUUUGUCCACAUACAUGCGGACUUUGUGAUAACAUUGAUGGAUGCGAAAAUUUAAGGGGAUUUUGUCAUGAUGAUUCUAUUAGAAAUAUGUGUCAACGAACGUGCUUUUCAAGGGCUUGUCUUCAAAGUCUCACAAGUGAGUUUCAAGAAAGUCUUUAUUGUACCAUUAUUUUUUCAUUUAGAUUCAAAAUGACAAAAAAUGCAGAUUCUCAAUCCAGUGGUUGCAUUGAUGCACACGUUAAUUGCACGUUAUAUCGAAACCUUUGCAAUAUUGGUGAUUAUGGAAUCGUGAUGAGAACGCAAUGCAGGCGAACUUGUGGCCAUUGCUAA